AUGAGGAACGCAAGCCGUGGCGGGAGUUGCUUGUUGAUAGCUUCGGUGCUCGCUCUUGGUCUCGGCCCUCGUUCAGGGUCGGCAUGUACAACCAUCGUCGUCGGGAGGAACGCUAGUGCUGAUGGAUCGACCAUGUCCACGCACAACGCGGAUUGCCUGGACUGCGACUUCCGACUUGGACGGGUGCCCGCUAGAGACUGGCCUGCGGGCUCCCAGAGGCCAGUCGUCAAGUUCCGCGCGGAGUUCCCGCGUACAGUAAGCGAGGAUCGUGGCUACACAUGGACCCCCGAAAACCUCGACCCUGAGCUACCGCAGCGCGACACAUGGGUAGACAGCAAAUGGAGAGAGGACAUGGUGCUGGGAUACAUUCCUCAGGUCAACCACACGUUUGCGUACCUUGAAGGUCUCUACGCGAUCAUCAACGAGAAGCAGGUCGCGAUCGGAGAGUCUACGUGCGGCGCGAAGUGGUUCGCAGGUCCCUUGAGUGACGACUGCGAUGAGUGCAAUUCCUUGUUCGACAUCUCAGAGCUCAGCCGCGUCGCUCUUGAACGCGCAUCAACCGCCCGGGAAGCCAUCCAGAUCAUGGGAGACCUCGCGGUGGAGUACGGCUUCUACGGUAGCGAGUGGGACUCAAGCGACCCCAUCACCUACGAAGAGGCGGGUGAGGCUCUGACCGUUACGGACCCUGACGAGGCCUGGGUGUUCCACAUUCUGUCCGAUUAUACUACUAAGAGUGCCAUCUGGGCGGCGCAAAGGGUACCGGCUGAUCACGUCUCCGUCGUGGCCAACCAGUUUAUCAUCAAGGAGGUGUACCCGGACCCUCACCCCGACUUCAUGUUCUCGGACAACUUGUUUGAGGUGGCGGAGAAAGGGGGUUGCGGGUACAAGAGAGGCUCGGGGUUCCCCCUGCACUUCGUCAAAGCGUUCGGCACCAGACCGGAUGACUUCCCCCACUUCGCAUAUAGCACGCGCCGCGUCUGGCGUGUCUUGGACACCUUCGCUCCUAGCUUGGGCCUCUCUCCCUUCACGGACACGUUCGGGCAGGGGCACCCGUUCUCCGCAAGGCCGGACAAUCCCAUUACCACCCAAGACGUUUGGGGGAUCGUGCGCGACCACUACGAAGGCACGGAGUUCGACUUGAGAGUUGGCCUUGCUUCAGGACCAUUCGGUGAUGUGGAUCGGUACGAUUGGGGGGCUUCGCUAGAUGGUAGUACCACGCUGGAAGACUCCAAGGAAGGCUUCUUCGAGAGGUCCAUCUCGAUUUUCAGGACUUCAUACAGCUCUGUGACGCAGUCGAGGUCCUUCCUACCUGACGAGGUCGGAGGGCUGCUCUGGGUCUCGCAGUACAAGCCCAGCAUGUCGACCUGCAUCCCUAUCUACGUCGGUGCCGAGGAGGUUCCCAGGCCGUACACGAUCGGUUCUCUCCUGCGGUUCAGCAAGGAAGCCUCGUACUGGGCCUUCAGCGUCGUGGGCAACUGGGCGGAGCGCUUCCGAAUGUUCGCCCACGAAGACGUGGCGGACCAGCAGUCCAAGCUCGAGGAGCCUCUUUUCGCAGGACAGGCGGUCCUGGAGUACGCGGCGGCUGAACUCGUGAUCCAGGGAGACCUCAAGGGCGCUCGAAGCAUGCUCGCACAGCACUCGAAUGAGUCGGCCAUCGCGGCCGUGUCGAGCUACCAUACGCUCUUCGAGACGCUCGUGGCUAGGUACCACGACGGCUACCAGAUGGAGGAUCCCACGGCCGAAAUAGUGAAGAUGAACAAGAUGUUCUACCCGAAGUCCUGGCUUGAGGCAGUCGGGUUUUUCGACAGCUUGGAGAUCGACGAGAACGAAACCAAGGCGGCGGAAGGCUCCUCCUCCUCCUCCUCUGACGGUGGGAACGAGAACGUUUCCAACCAAAAGCACAAGGAAACCUCUUCGCCACAACCCCCGGCAAAAACGUCGCCGCCGUCGUCGGCCACCGCAGGCUCCACCCAGGCUACGAACCGAACGCAGUCCACCGCCGUACCGACAACCUUGGUCUCAUGGCAGGACAAGAUUGGACUCGGUGUGGGAGCCUUGUUUUUCACCGUCGUCGGGAUUGUCGUCGGGCGUUGGUCUGCCACAAGAGCGGGCUACUUAGCAUUGUCUGAUCCGGCCUAG